GAGUGCACAAUAUCGUACGGUUCUAGGGGAAGUAUUUCUCGGAAAUUUCUCCUCUGGCUGUUCCUACUACCGCUCGCCGUUCUCCUUCGAUCUCGAGCCGUUGGCAGAAACCGAAGAAAAAUGGCGCGCAGUAGUAGAAGCAGUUAAAAGAGAAAUUUUUGAGAAAUUGGGAGAAAUAUUUCCCUUGGAGCCGCACGAUAUGGUGCACUUCUGUGUACACCCAACAUUCCGUAUGAUUACUGGUGUAUCAGCUGUAUGGGCGGAUGCCGCGGAAGUCCGUUAAAAGCGUAACAUUUCAUAUGAUUCCCUGCAUGUACAUACACAUACAAACAAAAUAAACAAUUUUAAUACAAUCUAUAACCUAUAAUGAUGGAGAUAGAAUGGAUAUCAAAACCUAUCAAAUAUGGAACUGUGAAGUCUGCAUGUCUAGAAGAAACUACAGAUCAUCCUCUGAAACCAGUUGUAGUUACUAUGAUAGAUGGACGUAAUGUAGUCAGACGUAAUACAUUUCGAAGUACAAGCACUGGGUCAUCUACUGGGACACCAACACCAACACAUACAGCUCCCAUAAAUCCAUUAAAUGAUCCAUUAUUGAACCAUCCUUCUCUGGAUGGUUCUGAUCCUCUUACACAAUUUGCACGAGAAGAAUUAGAUCCUCUCUCUAAAAUGGCUGCAGAUGAAUGGGACUAUUCUAAUGUUGCAUUUGCUGGCAAAAAAUUGAAAGACACUGCAGAAGAAUUGGUAGAACCAUGGUCUGUAAGACGUUCUGCUAUAUUGAGCAAAUAUACAACCUCUGAAAAAUUAUCAAUUGUCACGAGUUUUCUACCGGGCGGUGAAAAAGUCGUUGUAAAAGUUCAGCCAAGUGGACCAAUGGUUGACAAGGUAAAAACUCGACUUGAGCAAUUAGAUGAUUUUGAAGAAGGUUCUGUUCGACAAAUGUUAGACUUAUCGCAACAACAGUAUACCGCGCGAAUCGAGCAAUUAAAUAAUGAAUUAGUACAAGCUUGGCAUUCCGAUCAAAGAGUAAAAGCACUUAAAAUUGCAAUUCAGUGUGCCAAAUUAUUAGUAGAUGUAUCUGUAAUGGCUUUUUAUCCAAGCAAGUUUGUUCUCAUAACAGAUAUUUUGGAUAUUUUCGGAAAACUUGUGUAUGACAGACUGAAAAUGAAAGCUGAAUACUACAAACCAGGAAGUAAAGUGCCUACGAGCUUGCCUGACAAUUUUACACCCAACAUGGUUCCUGAAAACGCUAAAGAAACGUGUCAAAAUUGGUUUUACAAAAUUGCUUCUAUACGCGAAUUGGUGCCGCGUCUCUAUGUGGAAAUGGCAAUAAUAAAAUCAUAUAGUUUUCUAACGACAAGUGAGUUUAACAUUGCUUUACUGCGUAUAACUCGUAUGAUAAGAGGAAUCGGAAACCCGUUAAUAGCAGUUUAUGCGAGAUGCUAUCUAUGUCGCGUCGGAUUAGCAUUGAAUAAAACAUCAGAUUUUGAAUUUAUGAGAGAAAAUCUGUACGACUUUCUUUUCACGUAUCAGCAACUAUUCGGAACUGCUGUGAAAAACGAAUUAGCGAAGCAAAAUAUUAGUCUGCAUUCGUAUCUGAAUCUUUAUUCGCCAGCUUUGGAUUGGAUCGUACAAGUUUUGGUGGCAACGUCACCUGAGAGCCUAUUGGAGGAAGUUGUAUCGCGAUGUACAAAACAAGAGAAUGGAUCGUUAUUAUUAAAUACAAUAUUGACCGCAUUUAAACCAACAUACAUUGCCGCACGUGCUAUGAACUUUGUAAAUUUAAUAGUGAAGAGUGAAGACGAUGGAUAUCCUCAGUAUCUUCUGUAUCGAAGUUUGGGAGAGUGUCUUAUAAAAGAAUCUCCACCAAAAGAAGACUGUCAAUCGGUACUGAACGUAGUGUGGAAAUAUAUAACGGACCUUACAGAUCCCUACAAAUUUAUGCAUUGCAUUGAGAUUUGGAUUCAAUUCACAGUCAUACAUUUUUCUGUAAACGAAUUGAAUUUAUUUUUUGGCAAGAUAAUAGACUGUUUACGACCGAACAAAACUUUUGAAAACUAUUACUCACAGUUACAGAAUAUUAUUGAAAAGAUAGUUGCUCAUACGCAAGAUUUUGAAUCUCUGCUCGCCGUAGACAAUUUUUUGCCUUUAAUCGAUUUGUUUCACAAAGAAAGCAUUAAAGUUGAAGUUUGUAAAACUGUCAUAGAAGGAUUGAGUACGCAGAGCGGACCUAUUACGGAUCCCAUUAUUAUAAAUGCUCUGAUGUUUAUUGCAAGGAUAAUGCACGAUUCUGUUAGUGCUCUGACUGUCGAAGAUGAAAAGCGACAAAUCGGACAACUGAUAUGUGGCCUAGUACAACGAGUAGAUUACGGUCGCGAUUUUGAGAAGCAACUUAGUUUUUACGUAGAAGUUAGAGCGGCAUUUCCCAAUCUUGAUAGUGUUCAUAUACAACUUGUACAGUGUGUAAAUAGAUUAGCAGUUGAUACUAGGAAGAUAGUGCGUGGCCAUCACACGAGAAGAACGUCGGCAUUUGUGCGCGCCUGUGCUGCAUUCUGUUUUAUUACUAUACCUUCGCUAACUUUUGUACACACGCGCCUUCAAUUAUAUCUAUUAUCUGGACAAGUCGCUCUUUUAAAUCAAUGUCUAGGUCAAGCUGAUGCCUGUUUCAAAGCCGCUUUAAGUUUAGUACCAGAAAUGCCGAAAACCAUUGAUAUUGAUGGAAGACAAAAAAAUUCGCAACCAUAUUUGCUCUCAUACUUGUCGAGUUUCUUAUCAACAUUACUAGUAGUUCCAGAUAGCCCAGAACACGGCGUCUUGUAUUUAAUGAGAGGUUUGCUCAAUGCGGUUCAACGUUGUUUCGAAGAAAACGCCUUGAUCAAGUCGUAUUUGUAUUUACGUGUACUCGAUCUUCUCUCAACUGUAGCACAGGAAAAUUAUCCGUAUCACAUUGACAAGGUUGAUUCGAACGAUAAAUUGUACGGAUCCGAUCAGAAAUUUAUUGGCGAGGUCAAUAAAAUUUGUUCGAAAAUUGUCGAGGAACUUCUAAAUCAUCUCAAACAUCUUGGAUCUACUGAGCAACUUGACAAACAAUCUGCUCUAGCGCUUGAGCUAUUCAACUGUUUUAUUAUCCGUGCAGAUUUGAGAAAUCCUGCGUUGGCAAACAUAUCUAUAAAUUUGUGGCACUUGUCACAACGGCAUAACGCAGUGGAUACUAAAGUGACAAUGAGGAUAAAAGCUUACAUGACACAGAAAAGUCAUCAUCGAGAAUACGAACAUUUUGCUGAUAUACUUAGAAAAAUGUCGAAAUGAAUUGACAGUAAUAUAUUAUUAACAAUCACAACAUAGUUUAAAUAUAUUUUAUUGGCAGUUCCUUUGGAAGACAUUUUAAAAUUGUACACAAUAAUUUUUCUAACUAGUCUUUUCUAUCAAGUCAAUCAGCAACAGUAAUGAAACAAAAUUAACAAAAGGAUAUAAAUUAUAAUAAUUAAUUGGUAAUAACAAAUUAAUCUCCAUAUUGUACAGACUAUGGUUCAGUAAUACAAUCGAGAAAAGGCUAAUUCUUUUUGAAAAAAUAAGUCGAAAAUAUAGAAUAAUAUUUUUUUAACCAAAACUCAAAAUCUUUCAAAUUUGAAAUUUGAAAGAUUUCGAGUCGGAAACUAAGUCUCGUGCAAAAACUUCUUUUUCUACAUUUUCGAUUUAUUUGUUCAAAAGAAAUCAGUCCUUUUCCAUACUACGAAACUUGGCUGUGUGUAUAUAUACACACACAUCAUGUUUUCCAAACUAGAAAUGAAUAUUGUACAAAAUGUAUAAUCAAUGUAUAAAAAUUUAUACGUUCGUGCAAUAAAAGUAUUAUCCAGAUAUUUA